CCCUCACUCACUCCUUCCCUCCCUCCUCUCUCCUCCCCUCACACACUCCCUCCCUCCCUCCUCUCUCCUCCCCUCACACACUCACUCCCUCCCCUCCUCUCCCCCUUUCCCCCCCCCUCAGACCGGGAGAGAGAGGAGGAGGAGGAGGAGGGGGGGGGCUCAGUGACGUCGCCGCCGCACAACAAUAGGCACCGGCCAUCCGCCGCCGGGUCAGGGGUCAGGGCGGGACCGGGCGGGACCGGGCGGGACGGACACCACCCCCCCCCCCCCCCGAGGGGCCGCCGGUGUCCGCACGGCCGGAGCCGGGGGAACGGCGAUCCGGCCUGCGGGAACCUCCGUCAGCCCGGUCCCGUCACGUCUGGACUGAACCCGGAGGGAUGCCCGAGAGCUGAGGCGGGAUGUCAGGGGAACGCGGCAGAUGCCGGACGUCCCGAGAUAAAAUCAGAGGCGUGCUGGAACGACUCGGCUGGUCGGGCAGCGUCGGCGGUGGGAGAGCCGGGCUCACCUUUCGUCGGAGAGUGGAUGCGGCAGACCGCGGAAGCUGGUGGUCGGCACUAAAAUCGGAAAGAAUGAAAAACACGAUGGUGCUGGAGGAACCCAGCAGGCCAGGCAGCGGCCGCGGAGAAAAGCAGGCGGGUCAGGACUGAAGAUGGGAAAAGGGGAAGCCCAAUAUUUGGGAGGGAAAAGCAGAGCAGUGAAAUCGGAAACACGCUGGAAAGAGUCAGCAGGUCGGGCAGCGUCUGUGGCGGGAGGACCAAGUUCUCGUUUCAUCAGAAAGAUACGAGGGUCUGCAGAUGCCGGAAAUCUGAGAUAAAAUGGGAAACACGCCGGAAAAAGCUCAGCAGGUCGGGCAGCGUCUGUGGAGGGAGAACCGAGUGCACGUUUCACACAGGUCAGGCAGUAUCUGUGGAGGGAGAACUAAGUUCAUGUUUCAUCAGAGAGACACGAAAAACUGCAGAUGCUGGAAAUCUGAGAUAAAAUGGGAAACACGCUGCAAAAAGCUCAGCAGGUCGGGCAGCGUCUGUGGCGGGAGGACCAAGUUCUCGUUUCAUCAGAAAGAUACGAGGGACUGCAGAUGCCGGAAAUCUGAGAUAAAAUGGGAAACACGCUGGAAAAAGCUCAGCAGGUCGGGCAGCGUCUGUGGCGGGAGGACCAAGUUCUCGUUUCAUCAGAAAGAUACGAGGGUCUGCAGAUGCCGGAAAUCUGAGAUAAAAUGGGAAACACGCGGGAAAAAGCUCAGCAGGUCGGGCAGCGUCUGUGGAGGGAGAACUAAGUUCAUGUUUCAUCAGAGAGACACGAAAAACUGCAGAUGCUGGAAAUCUGAGAUAAAAUGGGAAACACGCUGCAAAAAGCUCAGCAGGUCGGGCAGCGUCUGUGGCGGGAGGACCAAGUUCUCGUUUCAUCAGAAAGAUACGAGGGACUGCAGAUGCCGGAAAUCUGAGAUAAAAUGGGAAACACGCUGGAAAAAGCUCAGCAGGUCGGGCAGCGUCUGUGGCGGGAGGACCAAGUUCUCGUUUCAUCAGAAAGAUACGAGGGUCUGCAGAUGCCGGAAAUCUGAGAUAAAAUGGGAAACACGCCGGAAAAAGCUCAGCAGGUCGGGCAGCGUCUGUGGAGGGAGAACCGAGUGCACGUUUCACACAGGUCAGGCAGUAUCUGUGGAGGGAGAACUAAGUUCAUGUUUCAUCAGAGAGACACGAAAAACUGCAGAUGCUGGAAAUCUGAGAUAAAAUGGGAAACACGCUGCAAAAAGCUCAGUAGGUCGGGCAGCGUCUGUGGCGGGAGGACCAAGUUCUCGUUUCAUCAGAAAGAUACGAGGGUCUGCAGAUGCCGGAAAUCUGAGAUAAAAUGGGAAACACGCUGGAAAAAGCUCAGCAGGUCGGGCAGCGUCUGUGGAGGGAGAACCAAGUGCACGUUUCACACAGGUCAGGCAGUAUCUGUGGAGGGAGAACUAAGUUCACGUUUCAUCAGAGAGACACGAGAAACUGCAGAUGCUGGAAAUCUGAGAUAAAAUCGGAAACAUGCUGGAAAAGCUCAGCAGGUCGGGUAGCGUCUGUGGAGGGAGAACCAAGUUUACAUGUUAUCAGAGAAGAUGCUGGAAAUAUAAGAGAGAAAAUCAGAAACAUGCUGGAAAGAUUAAGUAGGCCAGGCAACAUCUAUGGAGGGAGAGCCAAGUUCAUGUUUCAUCAGAGAGAUAUGAGGGGCUGCAGAUGCUGGAAAUCUGAGAUAAAAUCAGAACCGUGCUGGAAAGACUCAGCAGGUCGGAGAGUGUCUGUGGAGGGAGAACCAAGUUCACAUUUCAACAGAAAGAAGACGGAAAAGACUCCAGAUGCUGGAAUCUGGAGCAACAAACUUAUCUGUUGCUCAUGUUUCAUCAGAAUAGGUUGAACAUACCUGGGUCGGUCCGAAUUGCGAAUGGUGGAAUUUGGGUGGGAUGAGUUGGGGCUGAGACUGUUACUAAGGAAAGAUAUGUGGCUGUGGAUAUGUGGGUCUUGGUCAACACCCCAUCUAAACCUGUAGAAGGGAACGAGAAAUCACUGUGGGUGAACAAGGCAUAAACGGAUGGACAGAAAUCCAGCCAGAGACCACAGGAGAAUGUCUUCAACAUUUCAUUCCUGGAAGAGAAGUAGCAGUGAGUUCAACAACAAAUCAAAAAAGAUUCAGAUGCCAAAAAUCUGAAAAAAAAAGCAGAAAUUGCUGGAAAAAUUCAGCCCGGUCAGGCAACAUCUCUGAAAAGUGAAAUAGUUAACAGUUCAAGUCUGGGGCCCUUCAUUCGUCUGGUUAGAUGUACGGUGGCAGGAGCACUGAAAUUACUACUAAUUGAAUGGACGUACUUGUAAAUUGGGUAAGAAUAGCUCUUUGUUAAGUUCUGAUGCCCUCCUUGGUCAAAUAGUCUGCCUUGUAUUAAGCAUCAUGCAUUAAUAAUGACCACUUGGACAAAAUAUUUUCAAGAGGGGACUAUAGGGAGUACUGGAUACUCCACACUAAUGCACAUGGAAAUAUAAUAAAACAAGAAUUUUGUUUUAUUUUCAGAACUUUGUAUUAAAAUCAGUAAAUAAUCAACAUCUAUUAAAUGUGAUUCAAAAGCAAAAUAUACAGCAAAUAAAAAUGACAUUUUAUAGAGAUAUGUGGAAACCUACAAAAUUCGAACAGAGCAGAAGCAGAAAGGAUGUUUAUGAUAGUAGGGGAAUCCAGGACCAGGGGUUGUGGUCGAAGGAUCAGACUAUGAAGAGGAGAAAUGUCUUCUCUCAGUGAGUGGUGAACCUGUACAAUUCAAUCAUUACAGAAAGCAUUUGAAGCCAACAUGGCAGUGUAGCGGUUAGCGUAACACUAUUACAGCGCCAGCGACCCGGGUACAGUUCCGGCUGCUGCCUGUAAGGAGUUUGUACAUUCUCCCUGUGUCUGCGUGGGUUUCCUCCAGGUGCUCCGGUUUCCUCCCACAUUCCAAAGAUGUACGGGUUAGGAAGUUGUGGGCAUGCUAUGUUGGCGCCGGAAGCGUGACAACACUUGUGGGCUGCCCCCCGAACACUGCGCAAAAGAUGCAUUUCACUGUGUGUUUCGAUGUACAUGUGACCAAUAAAGAUACCUUACCCUAUAAAUAUA